AUGUCGUUCCUCGGUUUCGGCAAGGUGUGCACCGUCGACCUCACGCACGACGCCGGGGACGCCCAACCGAUGGUGAGCGUGAAAAACGAGCAAGGCACCGCGCACGAGCACCUCCCGCUGUUCUCCACGGGACAGACGAUCGUGGGCAAGGUGCACGUCGCGCCGAUACCCGGCAAAAAGUUUGAACACCGCGGCGUGCGCGUGGAGUUGAUCGGACAGAUUGAACGGUACGGCGAUAGAUCCGUCGUCGAUUUUUUGGCGUCGACGCGAGACCUCGAACCGCCGGGAGAACUGAGCGCGCCGAAGAGCUUGGGAUUUGAGUUUAAACACGUCGAGAUGCAGCACGAGAGUUACCACGGGAUAAACGUGCGGUUGAGAUAUUUUCUGCGCGUCGUCGUGAGUCGGUCGUACGCGAGCGGCGUCGCGCAAGAGUUCAAGUUCUGGGUGCAAAAUCCCGUGCCCGCGGUGCCAGAGAUGAAUAAUUCGAUUCGAAUGGAGGUUGGGAUCGAGGAUUGUUUGCACAUCGAGUUUGAGUACGCCAGGGCGAAGUAUUCGUUGAAAGACGUCGUCGUUGGGAAGAUUUACUUUUUGUUGGUGAAGAUAAAAAUCAAACACAUGGAGCUUGAGAUUCGGCGACGGGAGAGCACGGAGGGCGGAGCGAGCGCGCACAACGAAAGCGAGACGAUUGCAAAGUACGAAGUCAUGGACGGGGCGCCCGUGCGAGGAGAGUCGAUUCCGGUGCGGCUGUUUUUGUCGCCGUACGAUUUGACACCGACGUACAAAAACGUAAACAAUCGGUUCAGCGUCAAGUAUUAUCUCAACCUCGUUCUCGUGGACGAGUGGGACAGGCGGUACUUCAAACAACAAGAAAUCACUUUGUAUCGCGCGAUACAGUGA